ACAUUUCAUGCUCCUAAAGAAACCCUAAUAGAAAACAAGAUAAACACUAGCCAAAAGAAUAACAAAAGAGAAAAAAUGAAGCCAUCGUUUGUUCUCCUAUCUAUUGCCUUAUUUUUACUAUCAUCAUCACUAUCGGAUGCGGCCGACUUUGGAUCGCCGUCACAGUCACCGUUGAUGUCUCCAACACCAGAACCAUCAAAAACCAUCGACUGUUCCAGCGUCAUAUACAGCAUGGUGGAUUGUCUCUCAUUCUUAACCGUUGGAUCAACUGAUCCAAGCCCUACCCAAACGUGUUGUGGUGGGAUCAAAACGGUUCUUGAAUAUAGUCCUAAGUGUCUUUGCUCUGCGUUAGAGAGUAGUCGUGACAUGGGAUUCGUACUAAAUGAUAACAAAGCUCUUGCCCUGCCAAAAAUUUGCAACGUCCCCAUUGAUCCUCAUUGUGAUGUAUCUACUCUCUCUGCAUCACCACCAAUUUCUCCACCGGUAGAGCCGCCUACGACUUCACCACCGUCUUCCACAAAGUCGCCGGCCAUAAUCCGUUCACCACCGCCUGUUAGAAACUCAUCACCGCCGGUUAGCCACUCAUCACCGGCACGGACAGUCUCAUCAUCGACAAUGACCGCUUCAUCGCCUGCAGCAACUUCACCAUCACCUUCACCAUCAAUAUCUAGUACCGGGAUUUUAUCAGUAUCCAAACUAGUCCUAGCUGUUGUUCUUGUUUCUUCUUUUGGUUUUAUCUUAGCUUAGAUAAUGUUUUUGCUUUAUUUAUUUAAA